AUGGAGGAAGCUAUCAACGACGCCAUCAACACAACAGUCGGCACAUUCGUUGACAAAGCUGUCACUGGAGCCAUCGAGAAUGCCUGUAACGAAGCCGUCGACAAAGCCGUCCAAGAAAGGGUCCAUGCUAUCGAAGAUCACUUUGCCGCAGCCGUUGACAAAGCUGCCGAAGACAAAGUAAAGGCCAUGGAAGAAGUUAUGCAGAACAAGAUCGAUAGGGCUGUACGUGAGGCACAGCUCCAAGCCGAUAUGGAUGCAGCACAAAGGGCUCUGGACGAACGCAAAGAGAUCCGCACAAUGUUUGCGGCAAGCACGUCAGAUGCGUAUCCAUGGCUCUCCCAGAAAGACGCUGAAGACGGUGAAAAGUUGACACGCUCGUGGAUAAGCCUCCUCAUGAUGAAAGAGAAAGACGGAAAGCAAGUGUGGACAGCAGAAAAGAUGUGUGCUCUGCUUGACAGCAUCAAGAGCUGA